CUUUUUUAAAUAACCUGGAAACAAUAAAAUCACUAGGAUCUAUGUAUGAGCGGGAUUCUGUUAGGUUGGUAGUAUUCCCGCCCUUGUAAUCCCCCGAUUUUGCACCUGUCAUUUUUUGUGGUCUUGUCAAAUCCGAAUUCAAAGCGUGUUGUGCUAAAGAUUUAUCAUUAGUUUCGUUUAAAAACAUUUGUAAAGUGUUUAUUACAGUUUUUAGUUUGUGUUCUACUAAUUAUUUAUUGGUGAUAGUGCAUUUAUUUCUGCUCACUGAAGACAUUCACCAGGCGAAGAUUUUACAAUUUUUCUCAGAUUCUGACGGAUGCACCUGAACGACCCCUGCAAGAUUUAAACGAAAUGCUGCACGAGUGAAAGUGACGCCCAAUUUGAACAAGAAGUGAUGGUUUUGGUUGUGAAUGACAGCAGUUAUUGAUGACUGAACAUUUGCCAGCUUAAUCUCCGCUACUUCUGUAUUAGUGCCAUUGUUCAGGCUGCCAACCUGACGGGUUACACGGAGAGUUACAAGAGCAACCGAAUAAUCGCACUAAAAUGGAACGAUUUGAGUUUAAGCUCCGUAGAUCACGGGCGGCAGUCCGGCGGGGCGCCAAGUACCGAUGAGACAGUCGGCCGGCCCGCACCACCGACACGACCAUCAACAACCAGUUGUUACCACUCCGGCUGCCAGCGAGUCCGUCGACACCCUCACCACCACUACCGACUCCCAACAUACAGUUUCAGCGGAGGUAGUCGAGGUGGAGGAACAUGAUCUGGGCUCCGAUGCGGAGUCCAAAGCUAGGGAGACGCUCAAGCUGACCGCCCGCAGCCGCCCUGCGCAAACCCAGACGCGCCCGCGAACAGCGCGUGAUGAGACGAAGAAAGAAAUACAAGAGGACGAUGAAGCCACUCUCAGAGAGCUGCUUAUUAGUCUGCAAAAACAGGUGAGCGUGAUGAGUAUGAAUCUGAGCGCCAAACUGGACGAGCUCCAACGUGGAGAUCGGCACCUGGAGACAACGGUCGCUCUUUGUGAGAUCAGGUCGCAGCUGCAGGAGCUCACCAAGUCGGUGGAGUCCUGCCAGUCGGAGGUGUCGGAGGUCAAGAGGGACAUGGUGGCCAUCAAGCACGAGCUCGACACUGUGCAGCAAGUCAAGGAGGAGAUCGAGGAGCUGAGAGAGUACGUGGACCGGCUCGAGGAGCACACGCAGCGCAGGAAACUGCGGCUGCUCGAGCAGGACCUCACGUUUUUCCUAUCGUAUGCGAUCCUGGCGGCGGUCCUGGGCAUGCUGCAGUUCGGUUACAACACAGGAGUGAUAAACGCGCCGGAACAGAACAUUGAACACUUCAUGAAGGACGUGUACAAGACGAGAUAUGGAAAAGACCUAUCUGAUGAUUCUGCACGGGGCCUCUACUCCAUUGCCGUGUCCAUAUUUGCGUUAGGAGGCAUGCUAGGUGGCUUCGGCGGCGGAAUGGUGGCUAACAAAUUCGGAAGGAAAGGCGGGCUGCUUUUGAACAACGUCCUGGGAAUAACUGGGGCGUGCUUAAUGUGGUGUACCAAACUAGCGAACUCAUAUGAAAUACUAUUUUUUGGGAGAUUUAUUAUAGGGGUCAAUUGUGGACUGAACACAUCCUUAGUACCUAUGUAUAUAUCCGAAAUAGCUCCUUUAAAUUUACGUGGUGGUCUUGGGACAGUGAACCAAUUAGCGGUUACGGUGGGUCUUCUGUUAUCACAAGUGCUCGGUAUCGAACAAAUCCUCGGUACCAACGACGGUUGGCCUCUACUACUUGGCUUAGCCGUGUGUCCUGCCUUACUUCAAUUAGUACUUCUUCCAAUUUGUCCGGAAAGUCCGCGCUACCUGCUCAUCACUAAGCAAUGGGAGGAGGAGGCGCGGAAGGCAUUGCGGAGGUUGAGGGCGAGCAACCAGGUCGAAGAAGACAUCGAAGAGAUGCGGGCGGAGGAACGCGCACAGCAGGCCGAAGCUUCCAUCAGCAUGCUGGAGCUGAUCUGCUCGCCGACGCUGCGGGCGCCGCUGAUCAUCGGCGUCGUCAUGCAGCUCUCGCAGCAGCUGUCCGGAAUCAACGCGGUGUUCUACUACUCGACCAGUCUGUUCGUCAGCUCGGGGCUAACGGAGGAGAGCGCCAAGUUCGCCACCAUCGGCAUCGGGGCCAUCAUGGUGGUCAUGACGCUGGUUUCCAUCCCGCUGAUGGACAAGACCGGCAGACGGACGCUGCAUCUUUACGGCCUCGGUGGCAUGUUCAUCUUUUCGAUAUUCAUCACCAUCUCAUUUUUAAUAAAGGAGUUUUUUGGAUACGUGCAGGAGAUGAUAGACUGGAUGUCGUAUCUGUCUGUGGUUUCGACGCUGGGAUUCGUUGUGUUCUUCGCCGUUGGCCCCGGAUCGAUACCGUGGAUGAUCACCGCCGAACUCUUCUCGCAAGGACCUCGGCCGGCUGCCAUGUCAAUUGCGGUUUUAGUCAACUGGAUUGCCAACUUUUUGGUGGGCAUCGGGUUCCAAAGUUUAAAAAACGCCCUCGAUAACUAUACGUUCCUGCCAUUUAGCGUGUUCCUAGCUAUAUUCUGGAUUUUCACAUACAAAAAGGUCCCUGAAACGAAGAACAAGACCUUUGAAGAAAUCCUUGCCUUGUUUAGACACGGAAAUGGAAGGGCUAGUUUUCGAGACAGCCGCCUGUACGGGAGUAUGCUAAACUGUGUUAAUGCACUCGAACAACAUCUGCCAGUAACAGAACAAGCUGGACUAGUGAUAGCAGAGGAGAAAACGCAACAAGACUCAUUUCCCAACCCAUUUGAGAGACGAAUGUAUAAAACUACAUAUAAUCCCAGAAGACAUUCAGCCUAUGCUACUGUACCAGCUGGGUCCGAGCACUCGUCCCGUGCGGGCGACGUGGGGUCUCGUCCGCCGCCGCCACUGCCUCCUCCGAGAUUCCCGAACAGCGCUGUUUGACAAUGGGAAAGUCUUAACAUCGCCACGUUCAGUCUACUGCCGUUACCCGCGCCUCUGCUGGUGCUGGAGGACCACCUGGUGGAGAUGAUAGCUGAACGGAGCAAGGCGUGCGUCUCGUACCUCCGGCACAGCUUCAAGCGCCCCCAGCGCCCCUGAAGACCGUGCGCGUCGACAAACUCUCCACGGCCUUAAACCUGCUCAGUUCUCCCCGAAUGGACUUAGUGCUAUCGUAACCUAAGGUGGCCCGAAGCUCGCCUAACGAGACUCUAAUCACAGCAAAGACUCAUUGUUACUUGCCGAGCGACUCGACGCUCUAGCUAGGUCGUGACCCUCUAACUCCGAAAUGCUCACUUCUUGCUGCGUUCACGAUAAUAUGUAUUUGGUUGGUGAUGGGAGUAUGCUUCAGAAUGACUCAUUUCUCAUCUUAGCAUGCACCUACAACUUUCUGUCUGGCUACGUAGACUGUAGAUUGUUAUGUGUUCUGUGUUACGUAGUUUUGACUUUCAUUACCUUCAACACCUUCAGUUCAUUGUCCCAUCGAAGACACCGGUACUCUUGUCCACCGUUUUGUAGGUGCAUCGACGCAUGUACUAGUUACUUAAAUAUCUCAUACACCGGGAGUGCGAAUGUGUGUUGAUUUUUAACAAGCACCAGCUCGCAAUGCACCUUCGGAUAAAUUCAAUUUUACAUACAUACCUACUUCAGCCUUCAAACUCACCAAGCCCUCGACAAACUACCGAUUUUCAUCAUCCGGCACCAACGCGCCACCCCCAGCCCCAUUCAUUACAAAACUACUAAAUUUUCAUCAAACAAUGUCUUGGUCUUGUAAAAAAACUUUGAUAUUUUUAUUGCUCAACCCUGCGAUUAAAUUUUAGCGUUGUAAAUUCGCCAAAAAAGUAUAUUCUAAUUUCAAAAUUUGCUAAAGAAACAAAUCAUAUUUGUUUACAAUUGUUUGUAAAGUCCAAAGCCACGCUGCCCUAUUUCGAGAAAAUAAUCAACAUUUGAAUAAAGAACUUUAAUUAUUUUGGCUUUUUGACUUCUAAAUGCGAAUGCAUUUAUUAUUAUUUUUUACAAACGUCUGAUAACAUUUAAGUCAGAGUUGCAACCACAUUUUUGACUUCCAUCUAUGGUACAGAAGAAAUUCUUUGUACUAUUUAUUUAAAUUAGUAACAUUUUUGAAUUACAUUGAAUUAGAAUUUACCUUCCUCUCAAGGACUACAAACAAGGUCUACAUUUUUUAUGAAUUCCUAAAGGGCGUUUGUAAUUUUUAAGUAAUACUUUAGUUUCUUAAGGAUAAUUUCAAAUAGUGCAAAAUUUGCAUAAUAAAGUUUUUAGAUAAAACUUCUAAAACGGAUCGAAUUCGUUGUUCUUUUAAUAUUUGAACAAAUGUUACUUUUAUUUAUUUUCUUUGAGUGUUGGGAAAACAUAUUAAAUCCCAUCUACAUGAUCAGGCUAAAUUGAUAUGGCCUUUACCAUAACUAUUUAAACUUUGAUGAAAAAAGUGUGUAAUUUUCCUUACAUACUUAUUUAUUAACAAUUAUUAUAAAACAUGGACUUGAAAGUCACUUGAUCAGAUAAUAUAAAGAUUUAUAUUACAAUAUUUUUCAGCAUUAAAAGAAAUACCUAGCUUUUUUUGGGUGUGCGAUACAAUUGUUUUUUCAAUCAAAGCAUAGAGUACUUUCGAAAAGUAGUUUUCACAACAAAGCAUUUAUUUUAAUUAAUAUUUAAAAUACCUACUUACUUCAAAAUUUCAAGUAUAAAUUUCGAUGUGUAAAAUUCACUUUUUCAGGGUUGUAGAAAAAAAUACAUAUUCAAAAUAUGUCCACAAACACCUGUUUUUGUUAAUCUACUUUUUCAUUAUAAAAACAGAAAAGUAUUGUGGGAAAAAUACUAAGUCAUAAAUACUAUUGUUAUUUAACAGAAAAUACCAUCCACAAACACUUUGUAAUAAUCUAAGGGACGUAUUUAUUGCGAGAUACUUUCACAAAAAAUAGAAAAAAGUCAUAGAAUCCGCUGAGGUAAAUUUUUCAAAAACUCAUUUGCUGAAAAUAAAGCAAUGUAUUACAAGAAGUAAAAAGAUACGACUCAAACAGUCUCAGUCGGUUCACAGUUACAGUCAAAGGUCCUUUUGUCUUUAGCGCUUGUUGUUUUUUGCUUAUUAGCUUAUUAUAUAAAAGGAUUUUUAAAAUUUACCAAAUUGAAUUAAACCCCAAUUAUUGUUUAUUAAAUAAAUAGAAUUAAUAAUGCGUUAAUUAUUAUUCUGGUGAAGGCGUUUGAAGUGAAGGGGCUUGGCGGCGGCGCCGCGGUGGCAGAACCGGCCGGUUCGUUGAACGAGAAGGGUGAUUUCAAAGCUGAACUGAAGGAGUAAAGCUGUGCCUGCGCGUCAGCAGCCCUAGAUCCGGUAUAUUCUAACAAUUACACUGCCACUCCGAAACGCAGCAGCGCGUGCAGGCGCGGCCCUAAACUGUAUAUUAGGGGUUAAAUAUUUAUAAUAUAUAUCGUAUUAGAAGCGAGUUGAAAGCGGCCUACUUACCUCGUUGAGCCCCUGGGGACGUGUCGCUAAGCGGACCGUUUUGAACCCGUGUAAUUUUUGAUUUGAAAAUUUUUUGACUGGUGAAAUCAGGUGCUCAAUUUUUAAUAGUGCGGCCACCAUUACUUAUAAUUUGUACAGUGUGAUUGAAGCCCGGAGACCGCACGAGACCUCCUCGGAGAAGAUGAAUGAUUUUUGUAGACGAGCUAGCGCGCUUGAGGGGGCCUCGGACGGCUCCGCUCGCUCGAAAAUUCAUGUAGUUUUAUAUUAAAGUAAUUUUGACAGUAAAACAAGUCCUGACGGAUGUGACGUCAGAGGUAAAUGGAAGUUCCCUCCGCGAGACAGCAUAGUGGACUCGUAACUAGUGUAAAAUUUUUAAUAAUCAAAGGACUUUUCAAUAACGAAGAGUGUUGUAGUGAAAAUUUUAAAUAUAUACCUCUGUAUUUUGCUUUCAUAUUUUGAAUAAUAUGAGACGAAACCAAGAUUUGCAAAGUUAUGUGACGAGAAUUCGAUAUUAAAUAAUUAUUAAACCUAAUCGUAUAAUAAAAUUAAUGUUUCACUGCCAACACACUCAUUGAACAUACGAUGGGGAAUAUCAUGGCAAGGCGCAAACCGAGUUGCUGACAUUUUUUCGUACAGUUUAAGUGUUCAAAAGCUAAUAACUUGCCUUGUUCGUAAAUUGUAUAAUUUAAGCGGUUCGCGACCGCCACACACAACUCUAGUUCAUAAGACAUCUCCCCGACCUCAUCCUAUUUUCUGAAGACAAUUUUUCUGUGGUUACAUAUCACAAGGGUGCUUGAAUUCAUCGUUUGUUUCAUAUCAAUCCAUGUGAGUGUGUGAAUAUUGUACGACUCGGCUCUGAUUUCUGAAAACACAGAAAAAUUGUGUGUGGCGACAAGGGCAAUUUGUUACGUUGGAAAUAUGUUUCGAUUAUUAUUGUGAUAUUAAGCGAUAACUUUGCAAAUUCUUCAAAUUCCUCAAUAAUUUAUUCUAAAGUGUAUGGGUACAAUUUGUUUUUAUAGUAAUGUUAACAUUAGCUCAAAGUGUUUUGGGUGAUGUCUCUAUACAAUUAAUUCUAACACAUAUUUUGUAAUAUUACAUGUAAAUAACACAUCUGUUGCUUAAUGUUUUACCGUUCUUUUUGAACAGUUAUACUAUUAUACAUACAUACAAAUUACUUAUUGACAUUGCGAAGGGUGGGACAUGUUAGUUCAGGGAGGACAUGACAUUUUUCCCUCUAGCAAUUAUUUCGAUGUGAUCUGUUGUAUAUAGAAACUGUUGGAAGUCUUCGUAUCAGGUUAUUUGUUGAUGUGAUCGAGAGAUGGAGGUCAUAUUUUUCGAAUUGUUUUUUAUACAGUGGAAAAAUGAAAGGAGCCUGGACCGACAUGUUCCACUCAGUUUGUUUUUCUUUUUAUAUUAAACAUAUAUUAUAUAUAAUUAUAGUUUAAUUUGUCUAGCACGAUUUGUAAAACAAUUAUGACUUGAUUAAGUUAUUAUUGCUAUAAUGAAUAUUUAAAACCAUCUAGUUUUAGUAAUUCAACAUAGAUCUGCGUAGAUAGAUAUAUACGUUGACUCAUACGAUUAACAUAAUUAUGAAAAAAAUAAUCAGUAUAUCGAACAAUUGCAGGAGUAUAUAAAUUAGCGCCACUUGAAAUGUUCCUGUUAGUACUGAGUUUAAGACACACUUUAGAACCGAUCGUUACUCUAAAUUAGAGAAGAGCACCCUCAACGUCUAGUUUUAACAAUAAGUACUACCAUCACUGAAAGCACCAUUGAACUCGCUAUUUGCCCAGUAUGUCCAAACUUUUAGUCAAUUAGAUGGCGAACGUAUUUGGCGCUAUAUUUUUGCGAAACUAUUUUCGUGCAUUUAAUAUAUUGUUGGCCUAAAACGAUAAACACAAGUGCUAACAGAACAUUGUUUCAAAACUAUGGAGCAAAAUGAUUAUUCUAAAUGUAAAUAUUGUUACAUAUAAAUAAAAUAAUAAUCAUAUAAUAUUUAAAAAUUGAAUGCAGUGUUUACAAUUAUUACUAACGGUAAUUUUUAUUUAACGUUAUCGAGGAAGUGUGUGCACGUCUGAUAGAUUUAGAAAGUACAUUUUUAAGUAAAAUUGUAGAUAUUUUUAAAAAUUAUUAUUCAAAAUUUUACCGAGAGUACGGAUUACGUUCCUCUCUGAAACGUUUUGGUAUUUGUGUAAAUCGAAAUCGUUUUAUGUUUGUCAGAUUUUUUGGUAAACAUGGAACUCGUAUUCACGAUGAAUGACUCGGUACGAAUGAAUGAUGAUGUCCGCAAGUCGACUAGACUAGUAUUAUGUUACUGAAUUAUGGAAAUUACGAAACAUGUAAAGUUUCCUGAACGCAAUAAAAUUCUAUCUCUAUACGAAA